AUGUCGAAAGAGACGAGCCGGUCUCCUGGAAGUGAAACGCGAGUUUUGAUACCAGAAGAAUCGGGCAACAUUGAGGGCCAGCUGUCAUUUUCCACCCCUAUGACAGCUUCAGUGGCACCGAUGGAGAAUGAUUCCGAGGAAAACGAGCGCGAAAGAGAGAAAAAAUGGAGCCGGAAAUCUCUCGAUGACCACAAAACAAAGCGUAGAGAAACUUCCACAUCGUUCUCCAGCUUUCUUCAUCGUUUCACUAGAUCGGAGGAUAAAAAAGAAGACAAGCAAAAGAAUACGAUAAGCGAAGAAGAAUCGCUUCAUCGGCCAGACAAAUUGCCGUUACCUGAUAACGAGGAAACCUGGUACGAAAUGAAACAAAUGGGAGCGGAUGGUUUUCGAUCCGCCUUGGAAAUAGGGCACGAAGGCGGUGCUGCAGUAUACGAAUGGAAGGUUGAUUCUUUGGAAGAGUCACUUCUAACAGAAUUUGUACCUGCUCGUAAGGAACUGCUUCGAGUGGAACACUCCGAUCCUGACCUUGAUGACCUGGAACGCUCAAUGCUAAAGCUCCUAGAAGAGUUCCGAAGUGGACAAAUGCGAUCACUUACAAACGAGCAAAUGGAAAGCAUGCGAGCAAUGAAGAAGGAACACGAAGACGUGACGAAUCUUCAUCUAGCGCUUUAUAACUUGGACAAAACAGGUUGUGAGAAAAGUGAAGAGGAACUGGACAUUAUGUACGAUAAGCUUAGCCAAAAGUUAUUGUGUAUGCAUGAUUGCAUGCCGGCGUUCGUUCAUGGUGAUUAA